AUGAUUAACAUCACAAUCUCACCCCAAAAGCACACGGUUGCAGCUCGCCUCGUGGGCGGAAACGGGGUACGACUUCCUCGAAGCUACAGCCUUGAGUGAUUCUUCUUCCACGGUACAGUGAUCAGUCGAGCAGUACGGCCUUGAUCGUUGAGCAGCAGCUGCGGAGUCAAGGAGCAGAGCCGCCAUGGACGUCAUCGCGCCGGACCGCACCAAGAUCGCGCCGGAGAUCGACAGGGACGAGGCCCUGGAGGGCGACAGGGAGUCGGACCCCGCGCUGGCGUCGACGCGCGAGUGGCAGCUGGAGGCCAUGCCGCGGUGGCAGGACGAGCUGACGGUGCGGGGCAUGGUGGCGGCGCUGCUGAUCGGGUUCAUCUACACGGUCAUCGUGAUGAAGAUCGCGCUCACCACCGGGCUGGUGCCCACGCUGAACGUCUCCGCUGCGCUGCUCUCCUUCCUGGCGCUGCGCGGGUGGACGCGCCUGCUGGACCGCUUCGGCAUCGUGUCCCGCCCCUUCACGCGGCAGGAGAACACCAUCGUCCAGACCUGCGGCGUGGCCUGCUACACCAUCGCCUUCGCCGGUGGGUUCGGGUCAACAUUGCUGGGCCUGAACAAGAAGACGUACGAGCUGGCCGGGGACUCGCCGGGCAACGUGCCGGGAAGCUGGAAGGAGCCAGGGAUAGGCUGGAUGACGGGGUUCCUCCUGGCUUGCAGCUUCGGGGGCCUCCUCACCUUGAUUCCCCUCAGACAGGUAUUGGUCGUCGACUACAAAUUAGUUUACCCAAGUGGGACUGCAACUGCUAUUCUUAUAAACGGGUUUCAUACCGAUCAAGGCGACAAGAAUUCAAGGAAGCAAAUCCGUGGAUUUCUGAAAUACUUUGGGGGUAGUUUUCUAUGGAGUUUCUUCCAAUGGUUCUACACCGGGGGCGAUGCCUGUGGAUUUGUCCAGUUCCCUACUUUCGGUUUGAAGGCCUGGAAGCAAACCUUCUACUUUGACUUUAGCAUGACAUACGUUGGUGCCGGGAUGAUUUGCCCACAUAUAGUAAAUAUCUCUACCCUCCUUGGUGCAAUUAUCUCAUGGGGAAUAAUGUGGCCACUCAUUAGUAAACACAAGGGGGAUUGGUACCCUGCAAAAGCACCAGAAAGCAGCAUGAAAAGUUUGUACGGUUACAAGGCCUUCAUAUGCAUAGCUCUCAUCAUGGGGGAUGGCAUGUACCACUUCAUAAAAAUUGUUGGCAUCACUGCUAUGAGCAUGUAUCGACAAUUUAGUCGCAAGCAGGUUGACAACAAAGCAAAAAAUGUGGACGAUACAGUCUCGCUUGAGGAGUUUCAACGCCAGGAGAUCUUUAAGAGAGGCCAGAUCCCAUCUUGGAUGGCAUACACCGGUUAUGCCUUGUUUAGCGUUCUUGCAGUGGUUACCAUACCAGUAAUGUUCAAACAAGUGAAGUGGUACUAUGUUGUUAUAGCCUAUGUCGUUGCCCCCAUGCUUGGAUUCGCCAAUUCCUAUGGUACAGGGCUUACCGACAUCAACAUGGGCUAUAACUAUGGCAAGAUCGCUCUCUUUGUCUUUGCGGGAUGGGCCGGCAAGGAUAAUGGUGUCAUUGCAGGCCUUGUUGCUGGCACCCUAGUCAAGCAACUGGUGCUUAUCUCCGCCGAUUUGAUGCAAGACUUCAAGACGGGUUAUCUCACUCAAACAUCACCAAAAUCGAUGAUGAUUGCACAAGUUAUUGGAACAGCCAUGGGUUGCAUUAUCGCCCCCCUCACGUUCAUGCUCUUCUACAAGGCAUUUGAUAUUGGUAACCCAUAUGGUACUUGGAAGGCACCUUAUGCACUCAUAUACCGCAAUAUGGCAAUACUUGGUGUGGAGGGCUUCUCAGUGUUACCGAAGUAUUGCAUUGCAAUAUCUGGCGGAUUUUUCGCAUUUGCGGCAGUUGUCAGUAUAGUAAGAGAUGUCAUGCCACACAAGUAUGCGAAGUAUGUGCCCCUACCAAUGGCAAUGGCAGUUCCAUUCCUUGUAGGUGGGAGCUUUGCUAUCGAUAUGUGCCUCGGGAGUUUGAUAGUUUUUGCAUGGACCAAGAUAAACAAGAAGGAGGCUGGCUUCAUGGUGCCCGCAGUUGCAUCCGCUUUGAUAUGUGGGGAUGGCAUAUGGACGUUUCCUGCUUCAAUACUUGCUCUUGCCAAGAUUAAACCACCAAUUUGCAUGAAGUUUCUACCUGCUGCCUAAACAAUCGAAAAGUGUGCUAGGUGACCAAAGAUGCGUUGAAUUUCCAUAGUUGUGCCUCCCUGAACUAUAUUUGCAAUGUGUUGUGUUUAUUCGAGAUGUUUUAGUACUCGAGCUGUCUAGAGAUGAUGGUGUGUGGUUUUACAGUAUUACAGCUUGAAGGAGUUUUCCCUAUUAUUGAUAUUUCUUGUGAUUAUAACGUUAAUCUGGUGUGACUAUUAAGUUGACGUGAAUACAUAGUAUGUACUUUGUGCUUGUA